AUGGGUCGACGUGGUGAGGCCUUGCUUGUUCGCUACACUUAUGACCCGAGCGACACUUUCGGAGGUUUCAUCCGCCAGAACUGCUGCAGAUGUCGUUACGAUACCAAGCAUCUACCCGAUGCAAAGCACAUUCACUUCUACCAGGAAAGGGCCAAGAUGGCCGCUGACAAACUGGAUGGCGUCAAAACGACGUGCGCGCAUUGCUGGAAGGUCCAGAAUCCCAAUGCAUCAGACUUUGUGAAUGUCCAUGGACUCGACAAGUGGCUGUGCGUGGCAUGCAGCCAGAGCUGGUAUAUCAAACGCGAGGAACGAGACCUUGGGCCCAAAAUACGCCAAGAGCAGCGUGAUGCAGCCCGCGAAACCGAGGCUCGAUGUGGGAAUGGCGAUUGCCCACUGACAGAGGAAUUGAACAGCAAGAAGCAUGGGCGGCCUCUGAACUGGAUGGAAGGCGUGGGUUUCCGCUGCCAAACUGCAGCGUCUAUCGAUGGAAACACGAUAACGAAGACCACCCGAACCCAAAGAGCGUGA